AAGGAACUGUGAUGUGAGAAGUGAUGAUGUGAGUGUUUGAGCUGCGCUUCUCAAAUAAACUUCUGCUAUCUGAACAGAAAAGCUGCAGAAGCUGUUCAUCUGGACUUCAGUUGAUGCAGCAGAGAUGCGCUACACGUUUAAGCCGGACGACUGUAUGGUCAUCAGCAUUCCUCUGGGAAACCUCAGGAACGUGAGAGAUGGCCAGCUGAUGCCCGAGAAGUUCACCUGCGUCUUCAAAGACGCGUACAAGGUCUUUCUCAGAGGACGACCAAAGGAACUCGGAGCGGCUCAGCUCAGCAUCGGAGUGUUUGUCAUCUGCAUCGGCAGCCUCAUUGCUCUUGAAUACGGUGCGUCUCAUCUAGUGUACACCCUACCUAGUGCCCUGUUCAUUGCAAGUGGCAUCCUGACAUUUGCAGCUGGAUAUUUUCCCAUCAUGCCUGUGGUGAAGCUGUCCUUCGCAUUCAACAUCAUCUGUCUUUUCUGGUCCAUCACAGCUACAGUUCUCUGUCCAAUAUUAGAAGAAGGACAUCCGGGUUUGCCUAACAGCCCAGAUGCCAGUGGAAAGAUAAAAGUGUUUUGGGGGCUGAAGGUGGUGAUCUGUGUCUUGUGUGGCUUCGAGCUGAUUUUGGCUCUGAUUCUGAUCUACUGGGAGAGUAAAGCCGUGUGCCGAGCUCAUUUCAACACUCUGCCCUUGAUCACCAUCAAGCAAGAUGUUUGACUGGACGGGUGAGCUCGAGGACAAAUGAACUGAACUUUAAUUACAUCUGAAUGUCUAUUAAUGUAUAUAGAAAUGUUCGUUUAAUGCCUGUUUAAUCAAAUGUUUAGCACGUGUAAAUUGCUGGAUAAACAUGUUUACCACAUGCACAUGUAAAUGUGCCACAAUAAGCUUAGUUUUUUAUGCAUUUGCUUACUAUUAAAGUACUGUUUUUAACCUCUC